CAGAAACAUCGCGAGAUUUGCUGGUUAGAACAGGCGCGAGAUUUGACGACACUUGCGUGUUUUGUAACACUGGGAAGUGAGAGAUUGUAAAUAAAAGCAUAUUUAUUGUCGUGUUUCACGCGUCUGUUAUGAAAGAAUACGCUGUAACUAUAUAACGAACCCCAGUGGAGAGAAGCGGUGUUAUGUUUUGAGUGGACGGGUGUUUGGAGUGUACGGGUGUUGGUGUUCGUCAUGGAGUCUAAACCGGUCCCCUGGAAGCUGCUGCACGCUCCUCCGUACGGACAGAUCAUCUCUCACGAGAAGUGGAGGGGCUCCACACUCCUGCAGAGCCUCAGAGGGAGCGUGAAGACGAUCUUUGAGGAGGAGCUGGGUGUCGUGGACUUCUGUCUCAGUAAUAAAACAUGUGUCCUCUAUGUAUCAGAGAGCGAUUUGGUGGCAGGAAACGACUACAGGAGGAAGAUCGUCCGGUUUAGAAAUGCUAACAGUGGUCUGCAGGGUAUUGUGAUUGUGGAGAAGACUGGUUUGAGUGAGCAGUACUUCAGCGGAUUGCAGAAGUUUGUGGUUUUGGAGCUGGGUCUGACUGUGCUGCCUGUGUCCAGUGCUGCUGAAGCGGCUCAGCUCAUAGCACAGCUGGUUCUUGGAGAGAACAAGGAGAACCCGUUCCUCAGGAAGAGCGUGUCCAGACUGCUGGAGCCAGUGGUGUUGAGUCUGAUUCUGCAGAUUCCUGGAGUCGGAAAGGUGAAGGCCGUUCAGCUCCUCCAGCGAUUCCCCAGUAUCCAUCAGCUCUGUGGAGCUUCAGUGCAUGAGCUGGAGCCUAUCGUGGGACAGGCCACAGCCCAGCACAUCACAGCAUUCUUCCACAACCAGUUCACAUAGGGAUGCAUGUUACGAAUAACAGCAGGACAAAAGGUGGCGCUAAGGACUCCGUUACAUGUAGUGUUUGUUCCUUACCAAAGUCCCAUCUCAGAGUGUUGUGUUCGGGUUCAUUUACUUUAUAUAUAAUUUUUUUUUUGUUUGUUUGUUUUUUUGAGUUGCAUGAAAACUACUAUGGGGUAUUUCUAGAAACAUGGGAUGAUAUCAGUGUGUUUGUUGUACAGUUGGCCUGAGACCACAUCGGUCGUUUUGAGAUUUUAAUUGAAACUUUGUAGUAAAGUAAUGAGGUUUUUGGAUUUAGGUAUAAAAUGGACAAAAACACAAAAUGAUGAUAAUUCUGCCCUGUUUUGUCACAAAUCAAAUAACCGAAUCCAUGACAUGUACCAUGUGACCUAAUUUACAGUAAAAGUUGGAUUUCCUUUCUGCCAAGAUGUCAAAAAUAUAAAAUUCAAUAUAAGAUUAGAACGUGUUAAACAACAUUUUCCCUUGUGGUCUCAGACUCUUAAACUGGGCCAGUUUAAUUCAAACCCAGCCAAAUCUUUAAAGUUAAACAUGUUAAUUAAUAAUAAAAUAAGUUAUUUGUUAUUUUACAGUAAUAUGUUACUGUAAAUGUAACUAAUGUACAGUUUACUGUUGAAACUAUAAAGAUUUUUUUUUUCUUUAAAUUUUGUCCUAUUUUCUUACUGUUUUUUUUUUUUCUUUCCACAGUUACAUAAAUUAGAAUGUUAUGUUGCAUCCUAUAUUGUAAAAUUAAAGUGUAUUAAAUCAUUUCAGUUUAA